ACAAUGUCUCCAACUACAGUAAGGACCAUCCUAGCUCUUUUCAUAACAUUCUUUGCUCCAGAAGUGACAGGCUUCCGCCCCCUGAGGCCGAGGAACGUGAAGCUAUUGGCUGUGGAGAAUGGCCUGCAGGUCACAUGGGAGGAGCCCAAAGAGCUGGACACACGGCCUGUUGAGCGCUACAGCAUCGGCUAUGGGAAGUCCAUGAAGGCUCUGCGUUUCAUUAAAGUGGACAAAGACAAGCGCUCCCAAUUACUGGAGGAUGUAGAGCCGGGUGUUCUGCAUUUUCUGAAGAUGACUGCUGAGAACGAUGAAGGAAUGAGCAAGCCGGUCUACAGAGCAGAGACGCCACAAGGUGGAGAAUGGGUGAAACUGGAUGGAUUUGCUGUCAUGGGCUCAGUGCAAUUCAAUGGAUCAGUUACAGAGAGGAGGGCGCCCAACAAGCCGGUGCGGGUGAAGGCGCAUCCGUCGUCUGACAGCGUUUCGGUGCAGUGGAGGCCCCCGCAUUCCUCAGGACCCCAGCAGCCGGGCCGGGUCCGGAGCUACCUGCUGGGCCUGGCCCAGAACGACCGACGGAUGGACUACACGCCACUGCAGGCUGACCAAAGGAGCCACGAGAAACGAAAGCUUGCCUCUGAGUCCGUGUAUGUGGUAUCACUGCAGGCACAAAAUGCACUCGGGCAGAGCUCCCCUGUUUAUAGAGCCGUCAUGACCAAAAAAAAAACCGCAGAGCCAGAGGAGGUGCAUGACGCCAAGGACAUCACAGUGCGAGUCGUGUCCCCUCAGUCAGUGCUCGUCACCUGGGUGGACCCUGCUGUUGAAAAGGAGAAGACAGUCAGCGACUCAAGGUACUACACGGUGAGGUACAGGGAGAAGGGAGAGUCUGCCAGGUGGGACUACAGAGAGACUACACAGCGGCGCCUCCUGGUGGACUCGCUUUCUGCAGACAACAUGUAUGAGUUCUCCAUCAGGAUCUCACAGGGAGAGCGGAAUAGCAAAUGGAGCGUUUCUGUUUUUCAGAGGACCCCUGAAUCCGCCCCAUCGGGUCCACCUGAAAACUUUCUUGUUAAGCCAUUAAGAGGGAAAGGGACAGCUGUCACAGCCACCUGGGAACCACCAGAGGAAACCAAUGGGAGAAUAAGAGAAUACAUUCUUUCAUACGCCCCCGCUCUCAAACCCUUUGGAGCAAAGUCCAUUACAUAUCGUGGAAGCGCUACCUCUGCCAUUAUCGAUGGCCUUCAGCCUGGGGAACGCUAUAUUUUCAAAAUUCGUGCCGCAAACAGGAGAGGACAAGGUCCCCAGAGCAAAGCCUUCAGUGUCGCUAUGCCAACAACCAGUACGGUUGCUUCAACUCCAUCUCAACACUCCAGGAAUCAAGAUAGCCGCAGAACGAGUCACGGUUCCUCAAGGACCACAAGACCUGAUACCACAGAUAGCACAGACUCUGAUCUUCAAUCUGUGGAGGAAACAGAGGAACCCACCCAAUACACGCCAACGACCGUUAGCCCCACAACAAGAAGAAGCCGACCCCUCUCACAGACUAGAUCUUACCACAGUAUUUUUUCCUCUGUAAGAUCUAGUGUUCGCGGUGGGGGUUCAGCCACCACUCAAAGAACAGGAGGUACUUCACUGUCUCCUCAAGCUAAAGAGAAAGAAAGUAAGGAAGACAAGGAUCGUGAAUCUCCCAAGGAAAUCACAAAAGCUUCAGAGUCAUUUGAUGAGUAUGAAGAGGAAGAUGUGGAUGAGGACAACGAAGAAAAGCAGCAACUUACCACUCAAAACAACGUUGUGCACGCAAAAGCUGUGGAAGACAAGACCCACAGCAGGACUAACAGGAAGGAUGCUACAGACUCAAGCUCCGUUGUUAAACCUGCCAGUUCUGCACCAGAAAGCCCAGCCGCACCACUGAAACCAUCUUCUGGUUCGUUACCUAAAGCACCAACUAGUAGACGAAUCACCCCUGGUCUGAGACCUCGCACAUCAUCAGACUCAGAAACCAGCAAACCGAGAAGACCGAUCUCCCAUUCCUCUGUGUCUCCGACGCAGGGUUCCGACACAUCCUCUGCAUCAUCAAACAGCCAAGAGUCUGCUGCCAUAAGGAAGGACCACACAGCUAGAACUUACCCUGAAGGGAAGGAGUCAUACGACCUUGAUGGCACAGAAGUCAAACCUUCAACCCCUGCCCCACAGGAAUCCCUCCCAGAUCCGCAUGCAAAGCCUUCAUCACAAUUCCCGGGAAGGGGCAGUGCUUCCGUUCCAACCAGCCGCCACACAGCUGCUGGUGCCGUUAACGGCAGAAGGAAGAUUCCCGCUAGGGGAAAACUGAGCAGAGUCCACAAUGGUCAACGUAAACCUGGCUCCUCUUCAGCAACAUCUCAAUCCACGUUACCGACAGGUGCCCAGAGUCCACAGAGUGGUUCCCACUCUUCAAGCAGCCCGCACACAGAAAAUGAUGAAGACUACAAAGCAGAAGAAAUGGAGACUCGGGACGAGAGGCCGAGUUCUUCCUCUCAAACAACUAAUUCUCACUCCCCUUCCUUGCAUGUUCCCAGUGAGGAUACCCAUACCAAUGAAGAUGAAAAGGUAAUCAGCUCCCAGGACACGAGCUUUGACACUCUGCCAUCUUCUAGGACCAAUCUCGGCACUUCAGGACAUGGAGCAACACCUUCACUUCAAAAUCGCAAUCAAAGAUUUGGCUCUGGAAACAGGGUAAGGCAAGGCACAAGGGUCCCUUCCAGCAGAGACUCAUCCUCACCUUCAAUCGGAGCCCGUCCACCCAUUUUGAAACCCGUACCACAUUCAGAUGUGUCCAUGACCCAGGAGACAAAGGAGAAAGCAGAAACACCUUCAACGUCAUUCCCUUCAAAGAAUGAUGCCACUUCUGGUUCCUUGAAACCCUCAGGAAGUGGUUCUACAAAUCCUAUGACCUCAUCUCCUGUCUCCUCACCCUCUUCUCCUGAAGACACACACCCCAGUGAUCCCAUCCUGAAAAGCCCUGGAUCAAAGGACAGGGACAGUGAUUAUGAUUAUCACGGAAGCAAGGAUAUAUAUGGCAAACACGAAAAAAUUACUGUUACCGUGCCCCCCAAGGCAGCUACCUCAACUGUGGGAAAACCUCACAGCCCAGACUCAAGCGAUAAUGACAGCAUAGAGAGAGACUCAACGCCUGAUAAACUGGGCUCUUCCUCUGUGCCGUCUCUCCCCCGUCGACCUAUCGUGGGACCCAACGGCCGAUUUCGGUACCCCCAGCUCACAAACCGUCAGACCGGUUCUAGGUUUCCUGGUAGGUUGCUUCCAUCACAGCACACAAGGGUGGGCUCCUCUGACCCCAACUCUGCUUCAUCAAGCUUGCCGUCUUCUUCUUCCUCAUCCUCCUCUUCCUCAAGUCAGCCGGCAUCGUCCACAGACCGAGGGACCACCGUGAAUGGCGGAUCGUCCCGAGUUUCGUCCUCUCUCUACCCUCGCUCAUCCUCCAGGCAUACCCCUAGCGAACGAGCACAGACCUCAUCCUCUUCUCAGCCCUCAUCUACAGCAUCACGGGAGCCCGUUCAGGGCACAAGGACACGCUACCCGAGCCGUGCAGAUGUUGCUUUCAGAGGAAAAACACCCAGCAGUGUUUCAAAACCUACCUACGAGCAAGGGAAGAAUGGCCGUCCAAAUCUUACAGCAACCAAUGGAAAAGGUGUCUCCACAUCCAAUGGUAACACCAAACCAACAGGUCGUAAAUAUAUCAAUGGUCCUGAAGGAAUGAAGUGGAUAGUGGACUUGGAUAAAGGCGUUUUGAUGAAUGAGGACGGAAAAGUUCUACAGGAUUCCCAAGGCCGGCCUCGUCGCGUGGUCCUUGGGGAAGAUGGGCGCACUAUUUUUGAUGAUCAAGGGAGUCCACUUGUGAACCCUGAAGGGUUGGCACUGUUCGGACAUGGGAGAGACAGCAGACCAGUGGUCAACCCCAAGGAUAAGAUUUUCACUUUGGGUGGAAAGCCAAUAGUCGGCUUGGACCGUCCUACUCCGAGAACUACAACCACAACCACCACUACAGUUCCUACAACCACACCCGAACCAACAACCAUUCCGACCACUACUGAGAUGACCACUGAGGAGCCAACAACCGCACCUAUCCUUCCAACCUGUCCACCAGGAACCUAUUCUAGGAUGGACUCCCAGGGAUACCCAGUUCUGGAUGAAGAUGGUAUACUCAACUGUUACCCAGAAGAAGGGUCCGCAGGGAUGGAAAUGGAUUCCAUGGUAUCUCUCACCAUGGCGCCUGACAGGGCUGAUGCUUUUGCUAUUGAAGAAGAACACUUUGUCAUCCAGACCACAUUGCCACCAACAACUGAAGCUCCAACAACUGAAGAGCCGACAACCGAAGUUCCAACAACCGAGGCACCGACGACAACGGAAACACCAGUCCCAGAGCCAGUCAUGAAGCCUUUGAACUCCACCCCCACUUCACUGUUCGAUGCUGCCGGAAAGAAGCGAUUCACAGCACCAUACGUCAACUACAUUCGCAAGGAUCCUGGAGCUCCCUGCUCACUCACAGAGGCCCUGGAAUACCUGCAGGUGGACGUCCUGGAAAACCUCUUAGAAAAGGACAGUCACGGCAUUAACCAGCCCCCCAAGAACAAGCCCCACAACAUCACCGUGGUGGCCAUGGAGGGCUGCCAUUCCUUCGUCAUCCUGGACUGGGCACGCCCGCUCAAAGGCGACAUGGUGUCAGGGUACAUGGUACACAGUGCUUCAUACGAUGACGUCCUGAACAACCGCUGGUCCUCGAGCACAGCAACCGGCACCCAUCUGCCGGUGGAGAACCUCAAACCGAAUUCAAGAUAUUACUUCAAAGUUCAAGCAAAGAACAUUUUUGGACUUGGCCCCAUCAGUGAAACAUUUACAUAUGUCACAGAAUCAGAUGACCCUCUUCUUAUUGAAAGGCCACCAGGUGGGGAGCCAAUUUGGAUCCCCUUCACUUUCAAGUAUAACCCCACCCACAGCACCUGCAAAGGAAGCCAAUUUGUGAAACGCACCUGGUACAGGAAGUUCGUCGGGGUUGUCCUCUGCAACUCACUACGAUACAAAAUCUUUAUAGGCGAUGGACUCAGAGAAACAUUCUACAGUAUUGGAGACGCAUUUGGCUAUGGCGAAGAUCACUGUCAGUUUGUUGAUUCUUACAUGGAGGGAAGAACAGGGCCUCAUAAUCUCUCAGAAUACCUACCAACUGCUCAAGGCUUCUUCCGUUCUUAUCGCCAGGAACCAGUGCGUUUUGGCCCCAUAGGCCGUCGAACAGCUCACCCCUUUGUGGGCUGGUAUGAGUGUGGGAUCCCCAUCCCAGGAAAAUGGUAAACAAAAAUUCACCAGGAGGGCGAAAUGCGCCAAAGGGACCUGGCUCAAUCCUGCUGCAGCCUCUCUUGUAGACACAGAGAUGAACUAUCACAUACUUUGGCAAACUUAAAUCAUAUACUGCUUAAAAUGAAGAGAAUAUAAUACUUUUUUAAUAAUACUAAUAAUUCUAUGUAACCAUUACUGUGCACUUUUUAAGCAGUCUGUAUAUGGGGAAAAGCAUGUGUGCUUGGCUCAGUUAACUAUGUCUUCCAGAUCAGAGAAUUUCCAAUAAUUCAUUAAGACACAUAAACUAAUCAAACCAAAGCUUGUUGGUCACAAACAAAGAUUGUGUUAUAAUAAAGAGCAAACCUAUUUUGAGUAACGCCACAAAACCACAAAAAAGUAGAAGGCCAUGAAGGACUUAAAGUCUGAAUAUGGAUCGUAUGUGUAGUGUGUAGAGAUGGUCUGUCACUCUAGCUGUUUUUUUUUGGGGGGGAGGGGUUUUUGCACCCAUGGUUUUUAUACUCACAAAUAAGUUCUAUUUUGAUAUGUGUAAAUCCAAGAAGAUCUUGGCUGGAGGUAUUGUUUGAACAAGGUCAGGGAACAGAGUCACAUUAGCUCAGGAAUGAGGGGAAAUAAAGGUGCUAUUAGAAACCACUAACAAUUAAAACUGUUACACCUUGCCAUCUUUCAAAAAUGUAUAGCUGAACCUAUUUGAAAUGUUUAUUUUCAACAGCAAACAGAACUGG